GAAACGCUUCGAGGGCGAAGGCGCCGAGGGCUUCAAUUUCUGGUAAUAUCGUUGAGCGCAAAAGCUAAAACGCGAGAGACAACAAUGUCGUCAAUGUCGCGAGACGCCGGCCUCCGUCGCAUGACAAGGUUCGCCGCCGCAUUUUCCGUCGUUAUCUUCUCCUUCGCCGUCGUCGCCCACUGCUCCAACAAUGAUUCCGAGGUGACUUGCAGCCGGAUCUGCGUGGCGGAGAACUGUAAUUCGGUUGGGAUUCGAUACGGGAAGUACUGCGGGGUAGGGUGGACCGGCUGCCCGGGAGAGCAGCCCUGCGAUGAUCUUGAUGCUUGCUGCAAGAUUCAUGACGAUUGUGUUGGCAAAAAAGGUAUGACCGACAUUAAAUGCCAUGAGAAGUUCAAGCGCUGCAUAAAGAAAGUACAUAAAUCUGGGAAGGUUGGAUUUUCUAAGCAGUGUCCUUAUGAUACUGCUGUGCCUACUAUGGUACAGGGUAUGGAUUUGGCUAUCUUACUGAGCCAGUUUGGUAACUCAAAGCUUGAACUGUGAUUUGCCGAAGAAGAGAGACAUUCCCCAGGAGUAGAAUACCCUACUUACAAUUUAUCUCCAACACCCGAAAAGUGGGAGUGAAACUCAUUUGACAGAAAUGAACUAACUAUGAUCGAGUAAAUGGAUCCUCGGAUCUACAUCUACCUGUUUAUGUAUUGCGUUACUGACUCUAAUACCUUCGUUUUUACAAGUGUUUCUUAUUCUACAACUCUGUGGUUAUUGACAUGAAUUCAACAAUUGGUUACCCCGAAAAAUUCUUUUUCUUAGGUUGUUUGUAAUGUAUAGAAAACGAGUUGGAUUCGCUCUGAAUUUUUUUUUUUUUAUGUGAUAAUUUUGUGGUUAUGUCCAGAACAAUGUUAUCUUGGUCGGUAUUUAGGUUUAUCUUGGAAGCGGAACUAAGUGGAAGCUUGGUCUCCAGGCCUCUGAAAUGAAGACGAACUCAAGCUCCUUGUUUGCUUACUUUAACUCAGAUGAUAGUGAGGCUGAGGAAGAUCAUCCUAGAAAGAUUUCCACCAGCAAUGCUCAUAUGACUACCAAUAUUUCUUGAGGUGUCACGAACUUCUUGUGAUUGGCACAUGAGAAGAGAGACCGAGACAAUGUUGCAUUCAACGUGCUGCAG